GUGCGCGCAGCGAGCCGUCACAUCGUCAAGAUGGCAGUCGGUGUACUGGACUGAUUGCUCGCAGUAUGGAUUUUGCCGCGUGAUUCUUGACGCCGCAGUGAUUCCCGUCCGUCUCCGUGGGGAGGAAGAGAAAAAGGAGGAAAAAAAAAACAGGGACAGCACGGGUGGUCGCCGGGUGCCGCAAAUGGUGUCGCGUCGCAUAAACUCGGCCGAUCGAACACGGUAAUGAGAAAAAUAUCACGGGGCAGCGUGCGGUAACGGAGCCCAGGGCCAUUCUACAAUGGUGGAUAACAGUUGUAUUAUCGAGGGAAACGUGAAAUUUCGCGACGGCAAGAAGUGGAAGACAAGAUGGUGCGUUAUGCGAAAAUUAUCACCAGUAGCAGAUUGCUUGCAUUUACAACUGUAUGGGGAUAGUAAGGAUCGUUACAAGCAAGGCCAAACGAAAGCGUCUUUGAGCUUACAACAUUUUCUGGGAGUGGAGAGCGGUUUUACGCUUGACAAAGAAUCCAAUACAAUCGCCAUAAUUUGCCAGGAUGUGACAGUCGUCCUUGCGUUCGACACGCGAGAGCGAUUGAUACAGUGGCAGGUUAAGAUCUCGAACAACUUGGGCGAAGAUCAGCAAUUCUUGAUACUCAUCUCUUCGGUACCGUCAAAGGCAAAGUUCACUAAUGGGCCGGCGCACUUGCACAUUCAGGACCGUCGUUUUUGUAUCACCAUCGGCGUACCUCCACGCCUCGUCGGUAUAUGGGAGAUCGCGCAUCUUCGACGAUACGGUGUGGUCGAAGGUAGAUUUUGCUUCGAAGGUGGCUCCAGAUGCGGUCGAGGCGAAGGGCUACACGUUUUGAUAACAGAUCAGGGAGACGACAUAGUCAAGACGUUGCAAUUGGCGGCCGAGGGAAAGCUCACAACGAAAAAACGAUCGCCACUCGGUAGAGAACAAUCGAUAACGCAAGACAGCCCGGGACGGCGUCAAUGUUCCCGCGCAGAGACCAGAGCCAGCGAUUUCUUUCCCUCGACCGCUUUGUAUUCGACAUCUACGUACGAAGAGCAAUGUGACAGCUGUAAGAACGAGAAUUCGCCGUAUUGGUCAUCCGCAGAGAGCAGACAACAGACAACGGAACUCGAUGGCGAUUACAGUUGCAGGGAUACGAUGUCGAUAUCAGAGCUGCCCGAUCAGCAGCCUAGCGGUGAGUGGCGCAGCUGUUCGCUUACUCGUCAAGGCGCGACUGGUCUCGAGAGAUGCGCCAGUUGUAUUAGCAAACUUGGCACUGUCUCGAAAUCAUCCACCUUGAUUACGGCUACUAUGAGUGGCAUAAGCAGCCCAGCUGCUAGUACGUUGAACAAUCUAGGAUGUCACUUGCAACCUCGUACCUUUGAUCGACUCUCGCUGUCCUCUUACAGCAGUAGUAGUCAUGAUAGUGAUUACUCUGGCUCGCAGCAGAUCGAAUGCCAAUGCGCACAAUCAAAAACCGCCCAGUCUCAGACGGCGCAGCAGACGACGGUUCGUCGAAUGUCACCGAGCCCGAGCACGCUGCCACCGAGACCGCCAAAACCGUCCCAACCACCAUCAUUACCAAUAUGCAAUCAAUCUAUCACUGCCAAGAAGCCUAAAAAACCACCGAUGCCACUGCCAACUGAGCAACAACAGACCUGCAUACACACAAUCAAGUCCCAACAAACUCAACAGUCUCAGCAACAAUCACAGCAGCUCAUGACUCGCAGCGCUACAGGGCCUUAUGAGAACUACGACAUUCCGAAAACAAUUCUAGGUCAUCAUAUGCUACUGGAGCAAGGCCCGCAACCGGAACAAUAUUACGACACACCGAGAAAAAUCAAAGAAUGUCUUACACUGCCGAAAACUUACCCCAAUUACGACACGCCUCAGGUGCCACAAGCUGUAGUCUUGCAAGGAUGCGGAUGUCCCGCGAAACUCACAGUUCAGUCGCCCAGAUCUUCGGGAUGUCCUUGUCACAAUGUUAUGAGCUGGGCUGGCUUUGUCUUACCUUAUUGUCGACGCGGCGCAGGAAUCGAGCCCACCGGCGUCACGGUACAUCCGGUAAAGCUUUCGGGUGAAGGCAAGAUGCCAGUGGUGAACGCCAGUGGAGAAGUUGCCAUUUAUGCAACCGCCAAAAGGGUAAAUAAAACUGACUUGACUGACGAGAAGGCUAUCGUGGAGAGCUGCGGUUGUGUCACGACAAGUAAAUCGAACAAUUAUGAAAACAUUGAGCCGAUAAUAGACAUGCAACCAGAAUCGAAACAGGCGAAUUAUGUGAAUAUAGAUUUUACGCAAUCGCUCGAACAUUACGAAAACAGCAAAGAUGUAUUAACAAAGAGCAGCAUCUCGCAGGAAGAGAUCGAGAAAUUUGCGGAUCAAUUGAAGGAACCGGCACCCGAAGUACCAGUGAGCGAAAGCGUUUCCAAGGUUUGCGAAAAGUGCGGUCACGCAAAGGAAAGGGAAAAUGAUUAUUUGGUUAUGGAUCCGGACAAACACACUCCGAAAAAACCAUUCCCCAGUUACUUACCAAUGCAACCGAUUCAUAAUGCUUGUUCCAAAGAGAUCUUGUCCAGGCUCUGCAGCGGCAUCAAGAGUUCUAGCAAUCCGACAUUAUCGGGAUCCACAUUACUCGAAGGGAAUAAAAAGCGUUCUGACUCAGAGUAUCGUGUGCCAGGUUCAGCAAUGUUAUCCAGUCCGUAUCUCAGGCGUCGUUAUUUGGACACAGGUAACGUUACAGAGUCCGGUAAUAGUGGUAUAAAUAUACUUCUCAGAAAACGCUCUUACUCCGCCGAGUCCGCGCAUUAUCUGGACGACGAAAGUCAUACAUUUCCGUCCACACUUACCAUCCAUAAGUGUUCGAGUGAAGCGGAUAAAAAUUCUUUGAUAACCGGUGAGACACAUAACCCGUGCGUAAGCUCCGAGAGUAAGAUCAGUAAUAGUGAUCACGAGAACGGUCAGACAUUGGUAGCCGGUGUUGCAUCUCAGCCAUCGUUUAUCAAGAUCCGACGCUCAUCAUCCGUACCAUCCAAGACAGGUCACAAUAGAGACUCGUCGAGUAGCAACGAUUCUGGCGUUUCUACUGGUUCCUUGAGUCACCGAACGGCAGAAUUUGUUGAAUAUGAGUUAUCGUUGACGGGACCCACCGCUUCAGUGAUAAAGCAGAAUAUGUUGUCGCAAGUUUGUCGCAAGAGUCCACCGCCCACGUGUUAUCACAGCAGCCUGCCGAGAAAGUCCAAGUCCAGCGAUCCUCUUCGUGAAAUCUCCUUUCAAUUUCAAAAAAUCAAGAUACCGACGAAAUCUUCGUCUGCGGAAGCUGAUAUUCCUACGUGUUUGCCGAAAGUCGCGAAGGGUUUCAACAGUCCCGGUGAAGUCUCGAAUACACCCUAUAUCGAUUCUCGGAGUACCAGCAGUGGUACUUCCGACAUGUCGGAUUAUAUUGAAACCUUGUCGCUAUCGUCACACUCUUCAUCCGAUACGCCCGACAGUCUAAGAUUAGGAGGCAGAGCAGUAGCAACCACUCUACGACCUCGUAGUGGGAAGGAAUACUAUAAAAUUGAUCGAAGUAUCUUGGUAGAGCAGGGACGAAUUCUCACAACGGCAUCUGCUAACUAUGCAAAUAUCACUCCAGUGUUAGAAAAGAGCGAAUCACCAUCACCUGGUUACAUGAGCAGUUCACCGUUCGAGCAACCACAACCAACUCGUGAGCACUUUCUGUUCCCUGAAGAAGCUUGAAUGUAAUAUUGUUUGGAGAAAAAAAAAAUUAAAAACUUGAAGUUCCUAGGAAUUCCAAACAAAAUGAGUAAGAAUGAGUAUUUCAAUAAUGGAAAUUAUAAUUGGGGCAUUGUGACUAUUUACACUAUACGCAGAUAUCUGGGAUUACUUUCGAACUGUCUAUAAUCAUUCGCCACAUGCCAAUAUAGUAGUAUAACAUGCCAAAUGACUGUAUCAAAUAACAAUCAAAAAAUUAUAAUUCUAAGAAUACGAAAGCUCUCUUUAAUCAAAUUAAAGGUUUCUUUUAUUGAUGUUUUCGUAAAAGUCUUCCUCUAAAAAGCACAAUCAAAAAAAAAAAAAAAAAAAAAAAAAAAAAAAAAUGUAUAAAAAGACAAACUUAUACAAAAAUCUAGGUACUAGCGUAUAGUCGAAAUAAUGUCAGUAAUCAAUUCCUACAACGACUCAAACAAUUUCUAAAAUAUGCUCAAUAAGAAACUAAUAGUUUGUAUAGUAAAAAUCCUGCCCUAGGAUGUAAAAGAUAUGCAUUUUAUACUUUAUAUGAGUAUAUCGUUUUUUAAAUACUUUCUUAUUUUGUAUGAGUAUACUUCUAUAUAUACUAUUGUACAGUCAUCUUCGAAAAAAUUGAAUGAGAUUAAUAACUCUUAGAGAUUUCACGUCAGAGUUCUUGAAAUUUUAUGGAUCAAUUAAUAUGACAUCAAUGCUCAUAUAAUACAACAGAGUUGUAUCUUGAAUCAAAUUAGUUAGUUAUUAGUUUUAUCUCUUUUAAAAUUCAACACUUAAAAAUAGUAAAAACGUUAGUUUAUAUUCUUUUUUAGAUUUCUGAAACGCUAGAGAGGAAAAUAUGGAAUUGUAUAUUAAAUAGGAAAGUAGAGUGGCUCCAGUGUAACAAAUUUACAAAACAUUGAAACCAUCACAAUUAUAGUUGAUUAUCAUAUGCUAUAAAGUUUUAAGAACUCAUCUCGUUUAGAAGAGAUAUGAUUAAACAAUAUUUGUUUGUACUGGUUGAAAUAUUAUCUAUCCAUAUUCUGUACAACCAAAAAAUGCACUGAACAUAGUCAGUCGCAUAGCAUUCACAGGGUUUUCACAUUUACAAGUUACUUUUUAAAGAUUAAGAUAAAAUGUUACAGCCUUUAAAUGGUCUUCUUUCUAAUGAGACAUACAUGGUAACUACCAUAGUCUCUGGGCAAUCAAAGACGGCACUACAUAUAGAUUAAAAACAACUAUUUCUAAGUAAGAUUUACAAAAUGAGUGUAAAGAUCUAGUUCGGCAUUUGUCAUAUAAUGAACUUUUUCAAUCUUUUUUUUUAUUAUAACAUACAUCUUUUUAAAUCAUUUAAGUCUUACAUCUUUAUUAUUUUUUACUAGAUCACUCGAGGAUCUCGAUAUCAUAAAUUAAAGUAAAACGCAAACGUAACGCCAUCUUUUUUUUUUACGUUCAUAUAAUUAUUUUAAUUUCAUUUAUUGUUGCAUUGUACUUAAAAUAAUUUGUAAUGUAUACUUAAUUAUUUAAUUGUGAUUAUGGUACGUGCUUUAUAUAUUUCUAAAAAGCCUUUACCAAAAAUAUUUAUUUCUAUUUUGGUGGUAUAUGUCUCACAUAUUUAUAUAUAUUAGAUACGAUUAAAUGAAAUAUCAAAUUGAAUAAUAUAUAUUUACAAUAAUUAUAUUAAAUCUAAAACUGUAUUUUAUAUUAUUUUUAGUAUUAUUUUUUACAAACAUAAAUAUGCAUAUUAUACAUGAGCAUAUUUAUAAUAUUUUGUGCUUCUUCCAUAUUCUUGCUUCUUUUACCUCUCUUUACUCUUCUUUUUUCACGAGAAGAAAUUACAAAUUUAUGAGAAGGAAUAUAAUUCAUAUAACAUUGCACAUACAGUGAAUAUAUCAUGCUGAGGAAGUUAGCAUUAAUAGUGAUAUUAAAUGCAAUAAUAAAAACUUAGAGUUAUACAUUUAUAAGAGAGAUCGAUCUAGAUUAUUUCAUACUGAGAUAUAAUUAAUACAUACACAGAAUUCUGUUUUAUAUUCAUCGUGCUAUAUCUUUGGCAAAUAAUCAAAUUAAUAUUUCCAUUUAAAAAAUCAUGGAUAUAAAAGAUAUUGUGGCCAUCAAUGAAAAUUUAUAAAUAUUGUACUUGCUGGACAAUACAUAUUGUAGGAUGAGUUAUGGAUUUCAUCAGCAUUAGUAAUCAGCUUUGUGUCAUACGAAAGUAUUUUAUUUUCUUUUGAUGUCUAAAAAAAUAGAAAAGUUCCAUAAUUUUUAUUUUCUUAGAUAUUGUAUGAAUGUAAAAACUUUUUUCGAAUAUGGCAUUAAAGUUGUCUUGCGUUGCUUUUUUUUCAUCUUAUUGUAUCUUAUCUAUGUUAUAUUAUCCUUUAAUUAAACAUAUAGGUUCAUCCCUAUUCGGCCAAAUCUAAUACUGUUUUAUACAAAAAGAAUCUUUAGGUUUUAUCCUCUUGUAUUCUUUGUGUAUACACUCUAUUAUAAAAAUAAUUAAUCCAUACAAGUCUAUUACAAUAUGCAUUGAUUUAAAUCGAAAACAGUGUUCUUUUACAAUGUAUAGAUACAUACAUACAAUGAUUUUUAUAUAAAAUUAUAAAAGUAUUAAAGCGUAGUAUUAUUACAAGACUGAGAAAUAGUGGAUGUAACGAAUAGUAGAAAAUAUUCACAGCUAGAAUGUAUAAUUUAUAUAUGUACAGAUCUAAGCAAAAUAUGAAAUCAAUCAUUUGUAAAAUGUUUAGUUUUUCUGUCUAAACAUUCCUCAAGAAAAAUAUUCAAUAUCCCGUGUAACACCAAUAUGUGCAAACGAAGAUAUUCUUUUGGUCUUGUUUAAAGUGUAUAGGAAUUAUAGCUUAACACUUACAUCAAAUAAACAGUAGAAGCCUUAAUGAAAUACUGUAUACAAAAACGAUUUAUAGAAAGUGAUACGAAGAUACAUUGAAUUUCGCGACGAAGUUUACGUAUAUAUAUAUACAUAUAUCGUUUAUUAAAUAUUUUAUGCAGGUAUUAAUAGAACACGAAACAAUAUUUAUAUUCCCCUUUAUCUGGAUUUUACGGCCUCGAAUUCAUAGAUUGUAAUACCUUCAAAAUAUUAUUCAUAAGCUAAAGCCGUCAUUAUACCCCAUGAUCUGCAUGUAUGCGUUGCGUGCGCGCGAACAUAUACACAUACGCGAUAACGAAGACGAAAUUGUGUGCAUCCUGGGUAUGAAAAUGUGUUGAAUGCGAAUUUGCUUGCAUAUGUAAAUUUAUUGAGUGACUCUCUGUUUUUUUUCUUAUUUUUAUUUAUUUUUCCAUAGAUUUGUUAUGUCAAAUAUGCAUUCAUAUAUCGAACACAGAAAAUCUGUAGAGAAGAAAAAAAAGAGAGAAUAAUGAGAUAAGUUCAAAAUCAUAUUAUUAAAUUUAAUAAUCAGAUAAAUAUUUUCCGUUUUUGAUUGUAUGUAUGAAGUAGAAAGUCACUCGUAUAAACACAUGCUAGUCAUGAAUCAAGUAUGAUAUAUUGUAGUCAUGAUAUAUUUUUACUGCAAAGGAAUUAUAUAUAUUAUACAUAGCCUAAAAAUUAAGCACAUGUUUAUUGAUUUAUUUCAUUCUUGGAAUUAUCUUCUAGUUCAGUAGAAUUAUGGACCAAAUAUUCGUUAAUAUAUGAGGAAUUUUAAUCAUAUUUUUUAACUUGAUAUGUAAUUUUAUGGCCAAACAUACUAUAGUAAGAGCAGAUAAAAUGAUAAAUAAUCACAUAUUCAUUCUUAAACAAAUUUUUAUUAUUUUGUUUACUUUUAUCAUAAUAUUUAUUCGCUCAUGACUUCAUUUUAAAACUGUGCAAUAUUUUUAUUAUUUAGUCGUCACUCUUUGAGAAUUAUUCAUAAUUAUUUUUGGAGAAUAAGUGUGUAUUAAAUAUAUUCAUAAAGUUAAAUACAUGUGCUAAAUUUUAAGCUACGAGAAACCAUAUCUAAGAAUUUAUUAAUGAUAUACAUUGAUUAAUAAAAAAAUAUGCAUAUAUUAUAUAUAUUAAUUAGAAGUAAGUUUUCAAAGGGUAUUACCAGUGCUCUAUUCAGAAUCGAUGUACAUAGUUUUGGUGUAGCCUUAGUAUAUAUUAUAUCUUUUAUUUUUUGUGAUUCGAGAAUGAUGUCAUAAAAGCGAAUUUCAAUUGUACAUAAUACUUAUCACGAUGAAAUGCGCUUAAAAUGUGUCUCUAAAUACUUUUAUAUUAAAAUAAUAGUGAUUCAAUUACAUUCUGUGAGUACAUUUUAUAAUAAUAUGCAUUUAAAAUCUGAUUUAGGAGCAUAUAUCUCCAAAAUUCUCGGUGAUGUAGAGAUUUGUCGUAUUUUUAAUUUCAUUAUUUACCAAUCAUAUUACACUGCUUCAUUAUAUUUAUUAGGUGGAUAUCAGAAAAUAAGACUGGCUAUUUUUUAUCUUUUGUGCUAUCGGAUAUGAAAAUAGUUAUUUUGAGAAAUGCAUUACUGACGAUCCAUUAAAUAAAUUAUUCAAAGUUGGAUCAUUGAUAUAGCUUUUCAUAUCUGAUAAAGAUCAUCUUUAUACAUUAUUUAUAUUAAUUGGUCUCAUUUAGUGUGCAGUAAUGUGUACUUAUAAUUAAAAAAAUGCGUUGAAAAUAAUAGAAUCACAUGUCCGGAAAAGUAAACUAGAUCUAUUUCCUUUGACAAUCUGUUACAUGAAAUAAUGAAAUUCUCCUCGUGUUGUAACAACAUGAUGGAAUUGUCAAAGUGCUGGCGCUUUCGCACUGCGACUACUUGUACGUCAGUUUAAUGAAAAAAGAAAUAUAUAAGAUAAUAUUUAGAGAAAUUUUACAUAAAUUAAGAAAGAAAUCGUCCGUCAAAAAAUAAUUUUUUCCUUUCUACAGGAUUUGAAAGUGUAUACUAAUGGCACACAUGCAAAAUUUUAUUCUUAAAAUAAAUUAUCGAUAAUUUUUCAUAUUUCUUUGAUUUAUAUAGGUCUCUUUAAAAAGUUUAUCUAAGUCUUAUUCAUAGGUAGAUUUAUAUCCGAUUAUACACAUUGUAAAUUAAUAUGGAAAAUACAAUAAUAUUUCGAAAGUAGAAAUCAUUUUUUAUUUUUUAUUUAAAUUGUGAUCUUUUUUUUAACAGAAACAAUUAAAAUAAUAAUGUAUCAUUAAAUUUACUUAUUGUUUCUAAAUGAAUCAAAAUCAUAACAAUUUAUACAAAGAAAUUUGAUUUGAAGAACAAGUGGAUAUUAAUUGUUUUCUUUGAAUAAAUUAUUAGCUGCUAUUUGUAUACACUUUUUGUAUAAUUUAUAACCAAAAGUAUCCAUAAUAUUUGUAAAACAGGCACAAUAUGUAUUCUAAAACGCGCUUUCAAAUAACUGUUAUUGAGAGAUUGAAAAAUAUAUAAAGACUCUUUAUUUUCUGAAAUUAAUAUAAUGAAAUUAUAACACUCUCUAGGCCAUUCCGCAAGAUCGUAAGAAAAGUAAAAUAUAAUAAGUAAUGACUAAUGGAGCUUAAAUAUCAGAUUGUAGAAUGCAUUUCAUGAAAGGGAUAAAAUUAUUUACUUCGAAUUUUUGUAAUUAUGAUAAGAGAAUAAGUAGGAAGAUGAUGAAAAUUAAUUAAAUUAUUAUAGUACGCCAUAAAAAUAAAUUAUAACUCAUACACAGUCCGUAGUAGCUGAAGUCAUUAAUUUAUUAAGAAAGUAGAAAAAAAUAAAGAAUUUGAAAAAUACUUUUGUAUUUU